GGAGGAGGAGGAGGAAUGCCGAGCCGGCGGGGAGGAAGGCUGGCCUUUGUUCCCCUGUGAGCGCCUGAGCCCUUCCUGGGGGGAUCUGCUGCCUCCAGCCCCUCCCCGAGAGCCAUGGGCACCACGGAGGCCACGCUGAGGAUGGAGAACGUGGAUGUCAAGGAAGAAUGGCAGGACGAGGACUUCCCCAGGCCUCUCCCAGAAGAAACAGGGAUGGAGUCACUGGGAAGCCCCACGGAAGACGAGACCACGUCCUCUCCCCCCAACACUUUGAACUUUAACGGGGCCCAUCGGAAGAGGAAGACCCUGGUUGCACCCGAAAUCAACAUUUCCCUGGACCAGAGCGAGGGCUCCAUCCUCUCCGACGACUUCCUGGACACCCCAGAUGACCUGGACAUUAAUGUGGAUGACAUUGAGACUCCUGAUGAGACAGAUUCCCUGGAAUUCCUGGGCAAUGGCAACGAGCUGGAAUGGGAAGAUGACACCCCCGUGGCCACGGCCAAGAACAUGCCCGGGGACAGCGCAGACCUGUUUGGGGACGGGGGGACAGAGGAUGGCAGUGCCACCAACGGCCGCCUCUGGAGAACCGUCAUCAUCGGCGAGCAGGAGCACAGGAUCGACCUGCAGAUGAUCAAACCCUACAUGAGGGUGGUGACACACGGAGGAUACUACGGAGAAGGCCUGAACGCCAUCAUCGUCUUUGCUGCCUGCUACCUCCCGGACAGCAACCUGGCUGAUUACCACUACAUCAUGGAAAACCUCUUCCUGUAUGUGAUCAGCAGCCUGGAGCUGCUGGUGGCCGAGGACUACAUGAUCGUGUACCUGAACGGGGCCACGCCCCGCAGGAGGAUGCCCGGCCUGGGCUGGCUCAAGAAAUGCUACCAGAUGAUUGACAGAAGGCUGAGGAAGAACCUCAAGGCCCUGAUCAUCGUGCACCCCUCGUGGUUCAUCCGGACCGUGCUGGCCAUCUCCAGACCCUUCAUCAGUGUGAAGUUCAUCAAUAAAAUCCAGUACGUCCACACCCUGGAGGAGCUGGAGCAGCUCAUCCCCAUGGAGCACGUGCAGAUCCCAGACUGUGUCCUGCAGUAUGAAGAAGAGAGGAUCAAGGCCAGGAAAGAAAGGGCAGAGGAGAAGCAAGACAUGGCUGAGAGGGAAAGCAUGUCGUGAGUGGGAGCAGCACGAGGAAUGGAGCAGAAGGAGCAGCCUGGCAGUCACC